AUGUUUCACCGUGUUAAGUCUUCAUCUGAAACUGCGAUACACUUGUUUCCAGAAAAAGAGAACAUUGUUAGGGUUCUGAGGGGCUUCGAAGUUGUUGCCAAUGAUUUUUUGGAGUAUGUGUUUGCUGGGGCAGGGAUGAGUACUUCAUGGUGUUUAAACGGGAAUAUGCAUGAGUUCUUUUUUAUUGCCAAAGAGGAACAUGUGCGGUUCACGAAUGUGUUAGCUAAAAAGUGGUCUGGGACGCUUAAGUUCCGGGAGGUACCUCUGGUGGAUAGGUUUAUUCCUUCUUUUUACUUUCAGUCUGAAGAAUUUGUUGCCAAACUUGUUGCUGUUCAGGAAGUUGAGCGUCUUGCCGACGGUUUGUCGAGUACGAAUGUUCCGACAGCGGUUCUUCAUGAAGUCUCCGGUGGGGGUAACUCUGGGUUCGUUGAUGCAUCUGCUGAAUUCUUUGAGGAUAACAAAGAGGGAGUGAUGGAUUAUGCGAAUAAGAGAAAAUGUAUGUGGGAGAAUGUUAGGAAAGAGGUUGAGCCAUUGGCAGCGAUUCGUUGUUUGCGCCAGCAUUGGUGGUUUUCAUCAAAUGAUGGUAGUUCUAAGUGUGGUGAUGGUGAGGAUGUUGUUAUCGGUUUGUCAGAUGAUCCAGCGGUUGGUGACAAAAAUGUUGUUUUGGAGGGUGGUCAACAAGGUGGUGGUUUGUCAGAAGGAGCGUCGUCUAAUUCUGAGAAGAUGGUUUCUCUUGGUGACUAUGAUCAGGGUAAGAAUCUUGAUGUUGCGGUGGUUGGAGGCCAUAUUGAUAAUGGUUUUGGAGGUGAAUGGGGUUUCUUUUCUCUUGGGGUUGUCGAUGCGUCUGUGUCGACUGGUGAUUAUAGUUCCGGAAUCGGUUUGUGCCACAGUGGACUUGGGGCGAGGAUGCUAGACUAUUUGUUUUUUUGGUUCUUGAGGAGUAAGUGUGUCACUCUCCCACCUGGCACUUUGGCUAAGAUGGCAAGUUAUUCACUGGUGGUUGAGUCUAAAAUGGGGAUGGUUGUUGCUGAGAAAAAGAGUUUGGAGAAGCGGGUGGCUGUACUGGAUGCCGAAAAUGUUGUUGUGAAGGAGGAGCUAGAGAAGGUGAAAUAG